AGAACUCUCUCCAGUCUCUUCCUGUACACGUCGCUCUACGACCAAUGUGACGUAUGCGUUAGCCGGGCAGCCACAGGAAUAUAGCACUCAAUUGAACCAUGGAGACUCUCUUUAGCCUACCGUUUACUGUAUUGGAAUGUCCGAACAUCAAACUUAAAAAACCGUCAUGGCUACAUAUGCCUUCUGCAAUGACCGUAUAUGCCGUCGUGAUUGUUUCAUAUUUUCUCAUUACCGGUGGCAUCAUAUAUGAUGUGAUAGUUGAACCUCCAAGUGUCGGAUCAAUGACAGAUGAACACGGGCAUCAGAGGCCAGUGGCCUUUCUGGCGUACAGGGUGAAUGGGCAGUACAUCAUGGAGGGGUUGGCCUCCAGUUUUCUCUUCACCAUGGGAGGUCUUGGAUUCAUAAUUCUGGAUCGCUCUAAUGCACCAAACAUUCCCAAGCUCAACCGUUUCCUCCUGCUCUUCAUCGGCUUUGUCAGUGUGCUGCUGAGCUUUUUUAUGGCCAGAGUCUUCAUGAGAAUGAAACUACCUGGUUAUCUUAUGGGUUAAAGCUGCAACAUUGCACAUGCUACAUGCAGAGAUACAGAGAACAUACAGAAAACUAUGUUUCAGUGCCAAGGACUACAGUCUCAUUGCAAUUCUGACCAGUUAUUUCCACUGGCGUGACUCUUUGAUGUGCAGUUAUUUUCUACAAUAAACCAAUACUAUACACAACUUUGCAACAUUUGA